CGUGCUUCUGUUGCCGAGCAACCGCAAACUCUACUGAACAGAGACCACACAGCGAAGGCAAAGAUGCCCCGCUCUGUAGCCAAGUCCCAAGCUGGCAAGAGUAGACGGAUGUCUUCCGUCCCAGUGACCCCACUUCCAACGCAGGAGCUGGAAAUUAUUCCUGGUCGCUUAACCAAAACCCAAUGGAAUAAGACGUUGAUCCAGGAGGAAAAUGAUGAGAUAGUUGGGGAGAUUAUGGAUGAACUGAUGAGCAAAGUCAUGGACGGCUGUUUGCAGGUGCACGUUGAAAGACAGCUAGAACCUUUUGCCGCAUGUUGGGCCAAGAACUACCUCACACAGAUUUUAGAGCAACAAAUCAUGUGCCCGGAUGAGGGAGAAGGACCAGAGGAGGCAUCUAAAACUGAAGACUCAGAGCCAAUGUCAUCACUCAUCGAUUCCUGGGCUCAAGGAUAUGUACCUGUUGUCAUUGCUACUCCUCGAUUAUCUCAUCCUACUUCUGCACAACAGGAGGCUGACGUUGAUCAGGUCCCAGCACAAACAGGACCAGCAGACGACCAGCAAUGUGAUGUAAUGGCCCAAACAAAAAGCUCUCCAAAGCAACCUGAUAUGGAAACAAGUCCAAGGAAGCCUGUGGAUAACAAGCAAUGUAAAGUGCUUAUUCCUCGGCCUCCACCGAAAAUUGAUGUUAAGAAAAAGCAACAGUUUAAUUUUCCACCUAAACCUGUUGCAGGCAUAUUGCCUCCCAUUCUGUCCUGUUCAGAAUUAAAAAAGGAUGUGGAGGCAGAGGAUAAAAGAGGAGUAUAUUGUGUUUAUAACAAUAUGGCUGGGCCAUCACAUCAGUUUAAGAAAUACCAAUCCAUACCAAGACUUGAUUCCUCAUCCCUGCCUCGACACGCCAUCUUUCCUGAGUAUGAGAUUGUCGACAGUGACCAAGAAAAACCCAAUCCCAAGAAACCAAGUCGAUUAUCCAAACUAGAGCCAAAAUACAACAAGCAAAAAAGUGAUUGGACAAUAACCACAGUGAUGCCACUGACCAGCUCCAAGAAUAAGCCAGCUAAGUUUCACAGGAGAAAUGAGGCGGAUGUCUUUCUGAAGAAAUUGUCUCCCUUCAGACGGCGUCAGGAGGGGAUGAAGUUCUCUGGGUCUCUGAAGCUGGACACAAUGGUUUUGGCUCAGGGUGUUACCAUGAGGGAUGCCCAGGCGUCAGCAACAAAGAUGCCAAAGUCCAAGCCCAAAGCCGGCAGGAGUAAACGGACGCCAACCGCCCCAGUGACCCCAGCUCCAACACAGGAGCUGGAAAGUCAUUGUCGCUUAACCCACACCCAAUUGAAUAAUAUCUUGAUCAAGGAGGAAAGGGAUGAGACAGUGAAGGAAGAUAUGGAUGAACUGAUGAGCAAAGUCAUGGAUGGCUGUUUGAAGGUGUAUGUCAUAAGCCAGCUAGAACCUUUUGCUGCAUGUUGGGCCAAGAACUACCUCACACAGGUUUUAGAGCAACAAAUCAUGUGCCCGGAUGAGGGAGAAGGACCAGAGGAAGCAUCUAAAACUGAAGACUCAGAGCCAAUGUCAUCACUCAUUGAUUCUUGGGCUCAAGGAUGUGUACCUGUUGUCAUUGCUACUCCUCGAUUAUCUCAUCCUAUUUCUGCACAACAGGUUGGCUACUCUUGA